AUGGAAGCAAGCAUAGCUGAAUCGUUUAGGAAUGGGACCGUUUUUGUUACCGGAAGUACAGGGUUUUUGGGGAAAAUACUCAUUGAAAAAUUACUCAGAUCUUGUUCAAUGAAAAAUAUUGCACUGCUUGUUAGAAGUAAGAAAGGACUCGAUUCAAGUCAAAGGGUAGCAGAUAUCUGCAAUCAAUCUAUAUUUGAUCGCCUUCGAAUUGAAAAGCCAGACUUCAUGACUAAGAUAAAAAUUAUUGAUGGGGAUUUGGAACAACCCUCACUAGGUUUAUCACCAAGAGAUCAUGAUUGGUUGAUAGAAAAUGUGAAUUUUGUUUUUCACUGUGCUGCAACAAUCAAAUUCAAUGAACCCCUUCCACUAGCAUUAAGGAUAAACAUUCAAGGAACAGAGAAUCUUUUAGAACUAGCAACGAAAAUGAAUGCUCUUAAGGGUUUCGUUCAUGUAUCAACCGCUUAUUCGCAUUGCCCGAAAACUGAAAUCAACGAACAAUUCUAUCCAGUUUCAAUAUCAGCCAAAGAAUUAAAAAAAUUAAUUAAACGAGAUGAAAAUACACAAAACGUUUCGGUAGAUUGGCCAAAUACAUACACUUUCACUAAAGCGCUAACAGAAAAUGUAAUAUCAAAAAAUGAAAAUAAAUUGCCAAUCUCGAUAUUUCGUCCUUCAAUAAUAGGGUGCACAAAAUCUGAGCCAGAACCAGGUUGGGUUGAUAAUAUGAAUGGAGUAUCUGGCAUAAUUGCUUCCUUAAUCGUCGGGGUUUUAAGAACAAUUCAACUGUCCAAGGAGAAAAUGACUGAUAUUGUCCCAGUUGACUACACUGUCAAUGCACUGAUUAGUGUAAUGUGGGAUACGGUAAAUAGACAUCGAGAUGGUGACAAAAAAAAUAAGGAACCAAAAAUUUAUAACUACGUGUCUAGUGUAGAAAGCUCAAUAUGUUGGGACAAGAUCAUAGAAUACACGUUUGAAACAUACCAACAGGUGCCACCGUUGGAAUCGAUGUGGUAUAUGUUUUUUAUAUGUUCAGCCAAUCGAUGGGUAGUUAAUAUUUUGAGAUUUUUUUUACACCGGAUACCUGGAGCGCUUGUUGAUUUGUCAUUCAUCAUUCGUGGCAAAAAUCCUAAAAUGCUGAAAAUUUAUGAAAGAGUAGAAAAUAUGAAUGAUUUGCUUAAAAAUUUUACAACGAGUGAAUGGAAAUUCGACAACAGCAAUACUCGAGAAUUAUGGUCGUCACUAAGUCAAGAGGACCGCAAGACAUUUUGGUUCGGUUUCGAAGAGUUCGAUUGGAAAUCAUACAUAAAAUGUACCAUCUACGGGAUUAGGAAACACAUUUUACACGAAGACUUAAGUAACAUGACGAGAGCAUUGUCAAAAAAUCGAAAGUUAUUUUGGUUGCAUCUGUUGUGUAUUUUUCUUAUUAUAUGUACCGUAUUCCAAGUAUAUUGGAAGUUUAUGACGUAA